CGCCGCGCGUUCCCGCGCCCCCUCGCGACAGGCCGGCGGGGGCCGCGGGAGUCGGCGGCGGUUCAGUCUCCUCGCGAGAGAGGGCGAGGUUUCCGGUGUUGUGACUGCGGGGCCGUAAACAUGGCGGUGAGCCUCCGCGCCCGCUCGCUGAGGCACCUCCGCAUCCGAGGUCGGAAUGACAGCGGCGAGGAGAACGUCCCGCUUGAUCUCAGCCGAGAACCGUAUGAUAACUUGAGGGAGAUUCUCCAAAAUGUGGCCAAAUUACAAGGUGUUUCAAAUAUGAGAAAACUAGGCCACUUGAAUAAUUUUACUAAGCUUCUUUGUAAUACUGGCCACACUGAAGAAAAAUUAGGUUUUACCUAUGAUGACAUCAUAAUAUGUUUGCGAUUAGCUUUACUGAAUGAAGCAAAAGAGGUGCGAGCAGCAGGGUUGCGAGCCCUUCGCUAUCUCAUCCGAGACUCCAGUAUUCUACAAAAGGUGCUAAAAUUGAAAGUGGAUUACUUGAUAGCUAGGUGCAUUGACAUACAGCAGAGUAAUGAAGUAGAGAGAACACAAGCACUUCGAUUAGUGAGAAAGAUGAUCACUGUGAAUGCUUCCUUGUUCCCUAGCUCUAUUACUAAUUCGUUGAUAGCAGUUGGAAAUGAUGGCCUUCAGGAGAGAGACAGAAUGGUUCGAGCUUGUAUUGCCAUUAUCUGUGAACUAGCACUUCAAAAUCCAGAGGUGGUAGCUCUUCGGGGUGGACUAAGUACCAUCUUGAAAAACGUGAUUGAUUGUCAAUUAAGCCGAAUAAAUGAGGCUCUCAUAACUACAGUUUUGCACCUCCUUAAUCAUCCAAAGACUCGACAAUAUGUGCGAGCAGAUGUUGAAUUAGAGCGAAUUUUAGCUCCAUACACAGACUUUCACUACAGGCACAAUCCGGACACAGCAGAAGGGCAGCUGAAAGAGGACAGAGAAGCACGCUUCCUAGCUAGCAAAAUGGGAAUAGUGGCAGCUUUUCGAUCAUGGGCAGGUAUUAUCAGUUUAUGCAAGCCAGGCAACUCUGGGAUCCAGUCUCUUAUUGGGGUACUUUGUAUACCAAAUAUGGAAAUACGGCGAGGUCUACUUGAGGUUCUUUAUGAUAUAUUUCGCCUUCCUCUCCCUGUUGUGACAGAAGAAUUCAUAGAAGCACUUCUCAGUGUAGAUCCAAGUCGGUUUCAGGACUGUUGGAGACUCUCUGAUGGUUUUGUAGCAGCUGAAUCUAAAACUAUAUUACCCCAUCGAGCCAGAUCAAGACCUGACCUCAUGGAUAAUUAUUUGGCUUUGGUGCUUUCAGCUUUUAUUACUAAUGGACUUUUAGAAGGUCUGGUUGAGGUAAUUACAAGCAGUGAUGACCAUGUGUCUGUUAGAGCAACAAUCCUGUUAGGAGAACUUUUGCACAUGGCAAACACAAUCCUUCCUCAUUCACAUAGCCAUCACUUGCACUGCUUACCAACGCUAAUGAAUAUGGCAGCAUCAUUUGAUAUCCUGAAGGAGAAAAGACUACGAGCCAGUGCAGCACUAAAUUGCUUAAAACGCUUUCAUGAGAUGAAGAAACGAGGACCUAAACCUUACAGCCUCCAUUUAGAUCAUAUUGUUCAGAAGGCAAUCUCAACACACCAAAAAAGGGAUCAAUACCGUGUGCAGAAAGAUAUCUUUGUUUUAAAGGAUACAGAGGAAGCACUUGUAAUGAAUCUUAGAGAUAGUCAAGUACUUCAUCAUAAAGAAAACCUUGAGUGGAAUUGGAAUCUGAUAGGGACCAUACUGAAGUGGCCAAAUGUAAAUCUAAGGAACUAUAAAGAUGAACAGUUGCACAGGUUUGUCCGACGACUGCUGUAUUUUUACAAGCCUAGCAGUAAAUUGUAUGCCAACCUGGAUCUGGAUUAUGUCAAGUCUAAGCAACUCACUGUUGUGGGUUGCCAGUUUACUGAAUUUCUUCUUGAAUCUGAAGAGGAUGGACAAGGCUAUCUGGAGGAAUUAGUAAAAGAUAUUGUGCAUUGGCUGAACUCUUCCUCUGGAAUGAAACCAGAACGCAGUCUUCAGAACAAUGGGUUACUAAGCACCCUUAGUCAGCACUACUUUCUGUUUUUUGGUACACUCUCCUGUCACCCUCACGGAGUGAAAAUGCUUGAAAAAUGCAAUGUGUUUCAGUGUCUUCUUAAUCUCUGCUCCUUGAAGAACCAAGAUCACUUACUAAAACUGACAGUUUCUAGUUUGGAUUACAGCAGAGAUGGGUUAGCAAGAGUCACCCUUUCCAAAAUUUUAACUGCAUCUACUGAUAGCUGCAGGUUAUAUGCAACAAAACAUUUACGAGUAUUGUUGAGGGCCAAUGUAGAAUUCUUUAGUAACUGGGGGAUUGAAUUACUGGUGACCCAGCUGCAUGAUAAAAAUAAAACCAUAUCUUCUGAAGCACUUGAUAUCUUAGAUGAGGCAUGUGAAGAUAAGGCCAAUCUUCAUGCCCUUAUCCAGAUGAAACCUGCUCUCUCCCAUCUUGGAGACAAAGGGUUGCUUUUGCUUCUAAGAUUUCUGUCCAUUCCAAAGGGGUUUUCCUAUCUAAAUGAGAGAGGUUAUGUAACAAAACAAAUGGAGAAAUGGCAAAAGGAGUACAAUUUAAAAUAUGUUGAAUUAAUUGAAGAACAACUUAACGAAGCACUUACCACUUACCGUAAACCUAUUGAUGGUGAUAACUAUGUUCGUCGGAGCAACCAAAGAUUACAGCGGCCACAUGUCUACCUGCCAGUUCACCUUUAUGGCCAACUGGUGCACCACAAAACAGGCUGUCAUUUGUUGGAAGUUCAGAGUGUUGUCCCAGAUUUAAGUUACACUGUUCGUUCCCCGAUGUUGGAUAAGUGGGAAGGAAUUAAACAUCUGAAAGCAGCCCUUUGGGCCUUGGGAAAUAUCGGAUCAUCAAAUUGGGGCCUUAACUUGCUUCAAGAAGAGAAUGUGAUUCCUGACAUAAUGGCACUUGCCCAGCACUGUGAAGUUCUGUCCAUUAGGGGAACCUGUGUCUACGUGCUUGGUCUAAUAGCCAAAACUAAACAAGGUUGUGACAUUCUGAAGCAGCACAAUUGGGAUGCAGUGAGACACAGUCGUAGACAGCCAUGGCCAGUAGUCCCUGAUGACAUGGAGCAACUCUGCAAUGAGCUCUCUUCUAUACCCAGCACUCUUAGCUUGAACUCGGGGUCCACCAGUUCUAGGCAUAACAGUGAAAGUGAAUCUGCACCAUCAAGUAUGUUUAUCAUGGAGGAUGACCGGUUUGGCAGUACUUCUACUAGCACAUUUUUCCUAGAUAUCAAUGAGGAUGCAGAACAAACAUUUUAUGACAAACCUGGACCCUUAAAGGAUAAGGAUCGUAGUCCUUUUCCCUUUUUUGCUUCUAGCAGAUUUGUGAAGAAUCGCAUCCUAAAUUCACUUACUUUGCCUAAUAAAAAACAUAGAAGUAGCAGCGAUCCUAAAGGAGGCAAACUGUCCUCAUCAGAUAGUAAAUCAGGCUUGAGGCGAAAUCGUACUGUAACAGAGCCUUCCAGUAGUAUAGACUUUACUCCUGGGGAUGAAUUCACUCCUGGGUUCAGAGUUCCUAAAAUCCAUACUUUACGCUUAGAAACUUCAUUUGUUGCGAGCAAGCACAUGGAAGAUACAGGUAGUACCCCAAGUAUUGGAGAAAAUGAUCUAAAGCUGCCAAAAGGUCUUGGAAAUGAAAAUCACAGGGAAAACACAAGCAGAGAGAGACUAAUAGGAGAUGGUUCUACACAAACACAUUUCAAGAGUCGUAGCUUAAGUUUUAAUACGGAUACCACAACAAGUGGCAUAAGCUCAAUGAGCUCAAGUCCAUCAAGGGAGACGGUGGGUGUGGACACUACAAAUGUAGACACUGACUGUGGAAGUUUGAGUACUGUGGUAAGUACAAAAACAGUUAAAACAAGCCACUGUUCAACACCACAAUCUAACCACCUGCCUCUUUCAAAAUCAAUUUCUGUAUCCCUGGUGCCCCCAGGGUCUUCUCAUACGCUUCCUCGAAGAGCACAGUCCCUUAAAGCUCCUUCUCUUGCUACCAUAAAGAGUCUUGCUGACUACAACUUUAGUUAUACAAGUUCUCGAGAUGCCUUCGGCUACGCUACACUGAAACGCUUACAGCAGCAAAGGAUGCAUCCUUCACUGUCGCAUUCAGAAGCCUUAGCAUCUCCAGCAAAGGAUGUGCUGUUUACUGACACUAUUACCAUGAAGUCUGGGAGCUUGGAUUCUCGGCUAACGCCAAGCAGGUUCAUGAAAGCUUUAAGUUAUGCCUCACUAGAUAAAGAAGAUUUAUUAAGCCCUAUUAACCAAAACACACUGCAGCGUUCCUCCUCUGUUCGGUCCAUGGUGUCCAAUGCAACGUAUGGUAGUACUGAUGAUUACAUUGGCCUUGCUCUCCCAGUGGAUAUCAAUGAAAUAUUUCAGGUUAAGGAGACUCCUUAUUUCCAAAAGAAAACCAUGCCUCCAUUUGAUGACCGUGGAACUAGAGUCUUUGCAUCUGAUGUAGGAGGCCAUCCAUCUGGGACUGCGGAUGUUGUCAAAAGUCCCUUCCAAAUGCUUAGACAGCAGAUCAGCCUCACCGAGAUAAUGAAUACAAGUCGUUCAGAUGCCUCUCAGUUUUUAGAAAACACAGAAGACACUGGGUUACAGGAGCACACAGAUGAUAACUGCCUUUAUUGCGUUUGUAUCCAGAUACUGGGAUACCAGCAGAAUAACAGAGUGAACACUGCAUAUAGUCAUUCAGAUUUUCCUGACAUUCCAUAUUCUGAUUGGUGUGGGCAGACCAUACAUAAUCACUUAGAUGUGGUUUCUCAUUCCUCAAAGUUUUCUGGAAUUUCAGGAUGUAGUGAUGCAGUAUCCCAUGGUUCAGCUAGUAGUACCAAGAGUACAGAUCUUGUAUUAGGAGUAAAGUCAAUUCCAGAUGAUACACCAGUGUGCCGAAUACUGCUGCGAAAAGAAGUCUUACGCUUAGUAAUCAAUUUGAGUAGUUCAGUAGGAACAAAAGGCCAUGAAACUGGACUCCUAACCAUUAAAGAGAAAUUCCCCCAAGCAUUUGAUGACAUCUGCCUUUACUCUGAGGUGUCCUACUUGCUAGCACACUGCACAUUUCGACUGCCAUCUCGAAGGUUCAUUCAGGAGCUAUUUCAAGAUGUACAGUUUUUACAAAUGCAUGAAGAAGCAGAGGCUGUUCUAGCAAUACCACCAAAACAACCAGUAAUUGACACAUCAGCUGAAUCCUGACCUCAGUUUUGUACAGUGCAUGGUAUAUGGACUUGCUGAAAGCCUCAGACAACUUCUGAUUGACUGGACAGCAAAGAUAGGAGCACCAUCUCCUAGACAGUUCCAGAAAUUACUGGUACAUGAAGAGUGAAUGAAGACUUUUCUCAACAAAAAUCACUGCCCCAGCCCUCUGAGCCCUUGGGGAAUUGUAACUCAUUACCAUAGUUUUAAUAAUAAUAAUUACCAAUAUAUGCAAGAAACAAGCACUGAACACCUGCACAGGUUUUCAUUUCAUUUUUAAUAUGACAGUUAAACAAUAUACGACAGAGUGCAGAGACCUCUUUUAAAUGGUUGACUUCAAAUUCUGUUCCAGAUAAGCAGAAUGAUGCCUUGCUUAUUAACCCCUGGACGCCAGGAGUCAGGGUACACGAGAGUAUAACCCAUUGCCGACAGUGGGGCAUACUGUAACCAUGGACGCCAAGGGACUAACGUUGGGCCUUCUAUGUUAGUUUUCUUAAUGUUUGUAACACUACUUGAGGGGUUCAUAACCUCAGAUAGAAAGAAAAACCUCCAUGAAUCUGGGGUUUUCUUGUAAGUUAUUUUAAUGUUACUAUAGUUGCAAGAGUGGUUAUUUUAUUAGCACUCUCUCCAGUUUUGUGGCAAUUACAUACAACAUGUUAUCUAAAUUGGUUAAGGAUUUUCACUACAGUUUCUGAUUUAAAAAACAACAAAUCCUUUUUUUUUUUUUUUAAAUCAACUGAAAUUUGAUGGUUUUCCCUGUACAUUAUGCAUGUGGUGUUUGGGAUUUCUAUAUUCAUGCUCAUGUAUUGUGAACAUUGGUCUUAUUCUUAAAUGAAAAUCUUUAACAAGCAUGAUUUGUAUCAGAUAGGGUGAAUACUGUAUCAGCUAGACUAGAAAACAUUUGAUCAUUGUUGCUUUUUUGGUAAAAUACAUAGUAGUAGGUAAUUUCCACAUUCCAUGGGAAACAUUUUUCUAAAACAAAUGUUUGCUUUAAUUUUCAUAUGUCUGAUCACCGGAUAAUGCUAAUAAUUGUAGUGAAAAGCCUUAAGUACCAAAUUUUGAAAGAGCAGUACUUUAAUUUUAUAUUGGUGUUCUUUAGAUCUUUUGCACAAUUUACUUGAUACAAUGACCGAUAAAUGGGUACAAUAACUGCCUUCAUCAUGUUAUUCUUGAGGUUGAUAAAUUGAGUGCAACCUAAACAAAAAAAAACAAAAACAAAAAAAAAAAACCUUUUAUGUAUCUAAAGAGAUUUGGAAGCCUUUACAAGAAUUAAAUACAAAUAUAUGCAAAUUUGUAUAUACAGUAGCAUGGCCACCUUCAUUAGAAAGCCUGGUUUUGAUAUGUGGAUCAUUCAGCUGGACUGUAUUAGAUAGAACUCCUUUUUAACCCAUUCACUUUUACCUUUUUUAUAAUUAAAGUGUCAAAUUAGAUAGUUUAGAUGAAGAUAGGUUAAAUUUAUCCCAAUAUUUCAUAAUCCUCAUGUUACCUUAUUAACUAAUGUGCUAUUGGAGAUUUCCAUAGAUAGCCCUGUGAGCUAAUAAGAGCAAAACACAGUUCCUAAUGAAAUGUAGAAUUAAUUUGAUCAUAUUGGACAUUCAUUUUGGGGACAAAGCAACAUCAUCUUGUUGUCCAUCAUUGCUUUGCAGAAUUCAUUUCAGUGAGUGCACUGCAUGCCGACACCUGACAGCAAAGCAGUUGCCGGGCUACAACCUGCUUCUCUCACAGUAAAAUUUAGUUCCCUGAGUUUUUCAUCUUUUCAUGAGAUCCCAUUGAAGGAAAGAGCAGAAGGAAACCACUUUAACUCUUACCAUCAAUGAUACCAAUAACAGUAUAUCGUGUCUAUGAAAUAUAUUCGAUAAUGGAAAACAUUACCCAACAGUAGUUAUUUGGACUUCUCUGGUCUUAAGGAAUAAACAUUUCUGCAAAACCAAAAUAACCACAAUAUAAGAAAUAGUGAUAUAAACUCCAAAGCAAAUAAUGUAGUAUUCCCACCAAAAAUGGGAUUAGCAUAUGUUAUACAUUAGUUUCCAACACUACCUCAGUUAGAAUAGAGUAUGAACUCUUUGUUUUAAUAACUCUAGAUGGUGUUAAAUCAAAUAAAUCUGUUUAUUUUUCUGCAGUUAAGGCAGUGUAAGCCAUUUAUCCACCUUUAUUUAAAAAAACAAAACUUUGUCACCAUUUUUAUCGACAUUAUAGAAAGAACAUUAGAAAGGUAUCUCAAUAAACAAAAAAUAAGCAAAUGAAGAUUUCAAUAUACUUUUAAAAAUUGAUGCCACUCUGUUAAUUCCGCUGUUCACCGCCAGGUCUGGAUCCUCCGCCCUUGAAUGCUUAAGUAUUCUGAAGUACUCAGUUAUGUGGGGAAUCAUUACACCAAGAAGUUAAUGUAUGGAAACAUUGCUGAAAACUUAAGGGUUGAUCUCAAUGGUAGCAGAAGAUUAAUUUUUCAAGUAUCUAGAUCAAUGUUAGUAAAUUUCAACAAAAUAUGCAUAAUAGAUGUAAUGUCAGUACUGUAAGCUUCAUAGAUACGGCAUUUCUAGAACUAAAUUACAUUUAGUUCACACUAAUUUUUAAUGUUAAUUGACAAAUGAAGGGGUACUGUAUGAUUUGGAGUAAUUUGUGACAUUUGCAUUAGUUAUAAACUGUGAAUUUUAGAGUGAAUUUUCAAAAUAUCCUUUUGCAAAGUUCCUAAUUUAAGAACAUUUAUUCUGCUCCUUUAAUAUCAUUUAGAUAUAUUUACAUAAAGAGAAAAAUAAUUGUAAAAUGCAGCUUAUUUUAAACCUAAUUGAAAAUCCUUAUGCUUAACUCCCCCCCACCCCAAUUUUAGAAGGAGACAUGAGAAGCUGACAGACUCUGCUCACUCUGUAUCUUUCCAAACCUAAAGAUUUGUAAUGCUGCUAAACCCUAUAGCAUUCAGUUACAGUAUUUGCAUUCUAAGUAUACUCCCAAGAGUUGUACUUGCUGUGACCUAGAGCUCAUGAAUGAAUAUAUAUUACAGUAUGGCCACAAUUUUCAGAGGAGGGUCCCUGAAGUUAACCACCUAAAGCCAUAUGUAGGCAUCUAGAUUAGAGGUCCAAUUUUCAAAGGUGUUAAACACUCCUAGCUCUCUGAUUUCAAGGAGAGUUGCAGUAGAUCAUCACUUACCUAUGCCUAGGUGUGCACAUUCAGUAAUUUUGGCCAUUGGACAUAAAGUAUGUGAGAAACAGAAUAGUGCUCAUCAAAGAAUUGCCCUGUUUAAUCUGAUCUUAAAUAUUUAGCUACAGAUGUCUUCUGUUUUUUUUAUGACACACUAAAAUGACAAAGUAUUCAAUAGUUUACACCAUAAAAGCUUGCUUGUCUGGAGAUUUUUGGGGGUGGGAGUGACCUGGGGGUUGGGUUGAAACACUCAGAAGUAAGUUGCAUUUAUAUACAUCUUAAAGUAUGUACCAGGCAGCAGUGAGAAAUCAUUCAUAUAUUUUAUCAUUAUUCUUAAAAAACAUAUGCAGUGAGCUUGAAUGUGAAUCUAAUUUGUGGUGAGAGGGAGUUGAACAAAAAACAGUAACAGCUAUGAUAGUAGUAUAAGGAAGAGAAAUAAUUAUUCUAGAAAUAGUUCUAAAACAUCUAGAGAAUGAAUAAAUGAGUAAUGAGCAGUAAAAAAUUUCAGAUGCUUCCACUUCAGUCUGCUCUGUAAUCCGCAGUUGCUUUUCUAGAUCUGGGCUAAUUUAUGUAACAUUGUAAAGUGAAUGUACGUUCAUGAGGAGGAAUCCUUCUUCAUGGAAGAAGUUUAGAUUAAGUUUGGAAAUGUCUCCUCUAGCCCUCUCCCCAUGCCCUUGCUGCUCUUACACAGAAGGUUCUAACAAGUUGUGCUUCGCUGUGGAGGCAGCUGAAAAGGUUCUGUAAUCUUUUUCAGUUACAUUCACUUAUACCACUCUGUGCUUAUUUAAAGGUAUACUAGUACUGAAAGUAAAAUCCUAAAUUUAUGAAAGACCUUUGGGAACAUGUUAGAAACCGUGUUAGAGUUUUCCCCUUGGUAGGAAGUGGAAAAGGUUAGCCUUUUGUUUCUUCAAUUUGUUUAAUUAUUAGCUCCAUGUUCUGAUUUCCUAGAUAUUUUUGUUCACAACAGAUUUUUAUGUUCAUUAAAGAAUGCGGAUUUUCUUUGGACUAUUUUUGUAAAAUAGGCAGAUAGCAAUGCCACAGCAUGCAGAAAUUGCACAUUUUGCUUGACUUGCUUUGUAAAAUACACUAUUUAAUUUGAGAAAUGUAAUUUAUGCCAAAAAAGUGUAACUUGCCAUUUUGCCACUGAAUAGGUUGUUUUAGCACAAAAUGCAAUGUCUUAGGGGGAAAAGGCAGACAUUUUGUAGAUGUAGUUGAAAAAAUGUUCCAAUAUUGGCUGUCAGUAUCCCUAAAACUGCAUUAUAAGAGAUGAUGUAAAUUAGUCUUUCUGAAGAGGGAAGGGAUUGUUAAAAUCUCAAGACUUAUUUUCCCUGCCCCAUGUGGUUUCUUUACUUUUUUUAUUAUUAUUUAGUAAUACGCUGCUACAUAUUUGGAGGUUCUAGUGUUUGUAGGUCACUGAACAGACAUUGAAAUCUGAUUUAUAUUGUAUACCUGUAACAUAGAAAGAAAAAGUAUUUAUAUAUUUUCCGUAAGAAUAUUUCAUUGAGCUGUGUAUAAUUUAAACAGAGGCUUGUCUCAACACGGCUUUGCCCACAUUGAUCUUUUUUUGUGUGUUUUUUUUUGUUUUUUGUAUAGUGCGUACAGUUCAUGUCCAUGGGCAUUAAAAGCCUCCUUAAGUAUAAUCUUAUCAAAGGGAUGCAUUGUUAAUAAAAUGCUUAAACUACU